AUGUCUGCUAUUCGACAUUUUGAUACACCACACAUCAUUCGUUUUGGUAUGACUAACGACAACCCCGGCAUGAGUGAGAUACAAUUUUGGAGAAACGGCGUACAUUUCAAGCUCGGAGUUUAUGAAGAUGACGUGAGGGGAACGGAUUUUGAGCAGCAAUGGAAGCCCCUUCUCAAACAAGAUCCGAUUUUAUUACGUGCGGGUCUCUGGAGUGAGCUCUGCGAUCUAAUUAUUUCACACUGCAUGGAAAUUUUGCAGGUGUUGGCACCGAAUAUCCCGUACUGGACCAGUCUCCACGAUUAUUUCUACUGCAAAUCGUAUACUCUCAGGUUGUAUGGAGCUCCAAAAUCCGGCGUGAUUCCGCGGGUAGUCCAUGGUCCAACUAGCGCAUGCGCAUAUGAGAUGCAACCUGCGGCAUGGAACACGUUCAACGUGCCGGAUGAUAUACCGAUAUAUGACUGUCAUGAGGCAUCCCCUCUGGAUCACGGGAUGGAUUUAAAAAAUGCUCCUCAAAAAGUUCGUCUGUCUGACGGAACGGUGGCUUUCUUCAUUCCCAGUAGAAUUUCAACGCGUAGACAGGAGGGACCCGGUUAUGUCAAUGAUGUGAAUGAGUCUCACCAGUCUAUUGCCUCUUAUUUCCUCCUACACUCUCUGCAGAUUAGACGCAGUGAUGAUAGCGCACGCAUCCCGAAGAUGCUUGGAAUCCUAUCCUAUAGCGGCCGUCCUGACGCUGACAUACAGAGGGAAGACGGAAAACAGAUUGCAGGAAUUCUUCUCGAAUGGAUUGAUGGAUUCCGUCUUAUAAACUACAGACUAGGUGUCUACCGCCAUAUUACCGCACAAAAUGAGUCGAAUCAUGCCAAGUGGCGGCAACAGGUUUCCCAAGUGAUAAAAGAACUUCAAGUAUCGGAAGGUCAUCGUGAGGGAAAGGUCGGUGAGUCAGAUCAGGUGUAUCUACAACUUGUUUUCGAUCAGUGGCUGAGCGAAGAGGCGCAUGUUCUCGCAUCAAAUCCACAGGAGAUCAAAGAAAUAGAAAUGUCACGGUGGUUUACUAUCUUAGACAGCGUCUGUUGA